UGCGCUGCUGAGACAAGUGUCGUCCACGCUGGAUGCUGUGCAUUAUUCGUUCGCGUUAUAUAUUUUCCAGCUCCUGUUAGCCUACGACUCUGCGGGAUUCCUCCUGUACCCACAAUUAAUUAACUAAAUUGCCUGUAAUCGCCAGCGUUCAUCUCUUGCCUACAUUGUGUUUGAAAUCAUGAUAACUGUCAGGGAAAAGUGGAGGAUGUUCAGACGGUUCUGCCUGAUGUUCUUCCUGGUGGCGAUGACGCUCGCCGUGUUUGAGACGGGAAACUUCGGCAAUGGAAAGUUAGGGCUGGAGAGGCAGCCCCUGGACAUCGACUCUGCAGAGUCGCGCCAGAAGAGGGACCUCAAAUCCUUGGGCAUCUUUUGGAAACUGACGAAGCCCAAUCAGGAGUUCUCCACGGGAGCCCCCAGGACAACUGAGGUCGAAGAACCCCGUAGCUGGGACGUCACGUCGGUCAACUGCACCAUCAAUCGCACCAUCUCCAGCAACGAGUGGUUCAAGGACCUGGAGCCAAACUUCAAGCAAUUCCUGCUCUACAGACACUGCAGGUUCUUCCCCAUGAUCCUGAACCACCCGGAGAAGUGCCAGGGCGACAUCCACCUGCUGAUUGUCAUCAAGUCCAUCAUCACCCAGCACAACCGUAGGGAGGUCAUCCGGAGGACGUGGGGGAAGGAGAAGGUGAUCGACGGGAAGAGGAUAAAGACCGUCUUCCUUCUGGCCACCACGUCCAACGAAGAGCAGCAGGCCAACCACCAGAAGCUCCUGGAGUACGAGGACUACAUCUACGGCGACAUCCUGCAGUGGGAUUUCCAGGACAGCUUCUUUAACCUCACGCUCAAGGAGACCGCCUUCCUCAAGUGGUUCUCGGCCUACUGCCACCAGGUGCGUUACAUAUUCAAGGGGGACGACGACGUCUUCGUCAGCAUCCCCAACAUCCUGGAGUUCCUGAAGAGCACCGUCACGGAGGACCUCUUCGUGGGAGACAUCCCCUUAAAAGCCAAGCCAAUUCGCAAGAAGAAGAACAAAUACUACAUCCCCGAGGCUUUGUUUAACAAGACCUACUACCCUCCCUAUGCAGGCGGCGGUGGAUUCCUGAUGGACGGUCCCCUGGCCAAGAGGCUCUACGGGGCCUCUAACACCUUGGACUUGUUCCCCAUUGACGAUGUCUUCCUGGGCAUGUGUCUGGAGGUGCUCCAGGUGUCUCCCAUUAGACACAAUGCGUUCAAGACCUUUGGCCUGGUGAAAGACAAGAAGAGCAGGUUGAACAAAGAGCCUUGCUUCUACAAAGACAUGCUAGUGGUUCACAAGCUGCUGCCUCCAGAUCUCAUCGCAAUGUGGGAGCUUCUCGCCAGCCGCCCCGUCUGUGUACAGAAAAUUGAGGAAAAAGGACCUUUUGAGCGGGUGGUAUACUGAAAAGGAGGGGGUUGUGGUUGAUUUUGGACUGAAAAUGAACUGAGUUAAUUCACAGACAAGCAAGUACUCCUUGUUUUGGAGAAGACCUGGAUGAUUUCCAACUUAUGUACUGUGUCCGUUUGUUUAAAAAAAUGGUUGAAGGAAGUGUGUCAGUCAAACGUGUUGAAUUGUUUAUAUUUCAAUGACUUUUUGGGAAUCUCACUGUUGCAGUGCUUUUUUUCAUUUGUGAAUUUACUGAAGUUGUUCAUUACCGACAUGAGGGGACUUCUGCUAAAACUGAAUGAUGCAUAGAGAGGUAGCCACUUAAUUAGAAUGACAUGAGAAAAUGGCGUAGGAUCAAGAACUGAACUGUGCUCACUUUGGCUGGGAUUCAAUCAACAUUUGUGCUCGACUUUUGACUUUCCUUUAAAUGCAAACGUAAACAACAAUUAACUUGCCAAAAUAAUUUCAGACUAUAUCCCAACAAAAACUAAAAAAACUGGAGACCAUCUGAAUUACCAAAUUUAAAUUCAAUCGAGUCAAAGUUGGGGAAAAUGUGAUGGAAGCCCAGAAGUCCUGAUACCGCCUUGAAACUGUGGCACAACGAGCCGUGCAUGUUGGAAGCAGUCUUAAGCAAACUCUCUACCUCAUUUCCGUCAACAAAAGUUGUUUGCGUGUGCGCAUAUGCGUUCUCGGACAUUUGAUUGAUUUAAUAUUUGCUGUAUCGGCAUAUCGCAGUAAUGCAGUAAACCCAUCGCGGAAGAUUACAACCAUAAUUCAUACCCAAGCCGUCAAUGCCAUACUUGAACAUGCUUGGGCUUUGUGCCAGAACGGCAUUCCAAACCAUUUAUAGAGAAACAAAACCUCUGCCUUCCAUUUCCUUGGAAUUGUUUAACAUAAGGCUGUAUCGUAAAUGUCAAUUGCACAGUGUAUAGGGUUUACGAGUAAGAACUGUGACUUAGAGAAACAACUGCUGGUACAUGUACAGUAAUGUAUAACAAAAUUUAACCCAAAAGACAUGCAUGUUGUAUGUUUUUAUUUAUGUUGGCAUUAUUAUGUAUGAUUAUUGGGGAAAGGUUACAACUUGUAUUGGGUGAUUCUAUGUUUUGAUGUACUGUACAUAAAUGUAAAAAUAUGAAUAUGUGUAUAUGGGGAUGUAAAAUAUUUAUAAAUAGAAAUAUUUAAAAUUCAGCUGUGAGAUGUGAGAUUUUGCAUUCUCAAAUGUUCGUAUUCUAACUUGCUUCCAAGAAUUAGUUUAAUUGGUUGUUGGGGGAACAUUUGGAAAGUUCAUAAAACACAAGGUGACCUGAUUUUUAUAAUAAGUAAGUGAAAUGAAGUUGAUAUUAGCGCAUCAUAUCUCAUGGAAAAUGGUUUUGUUCCAUUUAGCUGUGAACCUUGUCAACUUUAUGACCUUUUUAGCUCAUCUUUCUCACAAGGAAAUUGUAAGCGUUUUGUCUCAAUAAAAGAAACUCCAAACAAGAUGAUAUAGAUCUGAUCAUCAAGAUUGUUUUUUUUCUGUUCUUGCGAUAACGAGACAAUUGGGAAUACUGAUGCCAUUGUUGCAGAGUACUUUAAGAACAAAGAUGACCAAGACUUGGAAACGGAAUAUGUGUACAGUUUCAGUUAGGGUUUCACAUGUCACAUGGAGGUAUUGUUUGUGAAGGAACAAAGAAUAUAAGAUCUAUAUAUAUAGCUUCAUGUUAUAGGUCAGGAUGGUCUAAUCUACUGAUUGUCUAUUUAUUCGUCAUAAAAUAUGCAAUCGAAAAUGUCAGUCUUCAUGUACUUAACCAUUCUAUGUAUCGAUUAAAUUCUUACUGGAAUAAACGUUUGUUAAUUUG